GCUGCAGCAUAUGGAUAUCGUUGUAAAUCAACGAAUAAUAUCGAAUUUCUUUGACUACCUUUACUUUUUUAUUUUGUUUUUAUUUUUAUUUUAUUUAUUUUUUUUAUUUUUUUAAAAUAAAGGGUUAAAUAAAGGGAGGGGGCUAAAUAACUUUUUGAAUCGCUGGGGGCGGGGGUUUCUUAGAAGGGCGGGCUAAGUAAAGGGAGGGAGCUAAAAAAGGGGAAUUACAGUAUAUCUAAUUUUAAAAGUUCAUUUCGAAAGUGUAUUUCGAAUGAUUAUCAAAUGUUUUGUUUUUAAGUGUGUCUGUUACAAUUUAGAAUAGAGACACGUUUUAAAAAUAGCAAAAAAAGUUUGCUCGUGUUUAAAAACUUUCUUUGUUUGAAAAAAAGGAACUACACGGUUCUUUAUAUAAGAAUAUCGAGGCUGAGAAAUGGGUUAAAAAUUAGGAAUAUCCUAAGGAUAUACGUAGGCUCGAUCUUUUGUUUUAGAUAUGAAAAUUUGUGUGAUGCACAAAUUUUAAUUAAAAGUUUAAUUUCUUAUACUGCAUGUUUAUUUUCUUGUCAGCUCACCUAUCGUUUACAAUUUGUUUAAUUACUUUCCACUGUUUUUUAACUAUCUUUAGGCAUAUUAAGGGUAAUUAAAUGCUUUCCGGCUGUAGCCAUGGUAAGAAUAUUUUACAAGUAUUUGAGGCUGAGAUAAUUCUCCUAUUUUCUUGUACUUGAGAAGCACAUAACCGUUUUAUACAAAACCUUUCCAUCCCCGCCCCCUCCCCUAAAAGAAAAAAAUUAACUUUACCUAUGUUGAUAAAAGGUGUGAGUCAUAUGCCAAAGAAGGUCGGCGUCUUAUGAUGAUGUCAUAAAAUAACCUGCUACGAUUAUUAAAAAAAUUCAAAGUUUCAAAGGAAGAACAUGCCGAACUACAAAUGAUAUUGUGAAAUGAUAAAUUAUAAGCAAAAUUUUUUCCACGUUUUUUGACAUUCGACAACAAGCCUUUCGUGGUAAAACAUAUGUAUUAUCUUCUUUAAAGUAAAUAAAAUGGCUGGGUUUUCGUUCUCGUCAUCCAAGAGUAUUACUCAAAUGGAAGAAAAAGUUAAACAUUUAGAGAUACCUAACAUCCCGCUGAAUAUUUCAGAGGACAUGAUUAUAGGUGAAGGUUCUUCUGCAAUUGUGUUUAAACACAAAAUAAGAGACAAAAUUGCUGCUGUAAAGAAAUUUAAACAAAUCCUUUCAAAGAAACAGUUACUAAAGGCUGCUUGUUCCUUGCGACAACUUCACCCAUACGUCGUAAGAUUUCGCAGUUACUCUGUCAGACCAUCGACACUGGCUUUUGAAUACUGUGAAGUACUUUGCCAAGAUGAAGUGGUACACAACUUGAAGGAGCUGCUUACUGUUUUUAAUGACCAUGAAUAUAUGGUACUACGAGAGAGGACCAAUUACGCUGCUCAAGCAUGUCAAGGUAUUCUUUAUUUACAUCAAAAAGGUAUUAUCCAUAAAGACAUCAAGGCAACAAACAUGCUUGUUGAUGGUCAAUUGAGUGAUAUUGUCGUCAAAGUUGCAGAUUUUAACGAAGUCUCUGCAUUCAAAGAUACAUGCACAAGCAACAUUACGAACAAUUCUCUUAAAGGUGGGUUUCAUUUUCUCUUAGACUUUAAAUGUUCUUAUUCGGUGCCCCAUCAAAUUAGGAAAAUAUGUGGUAAAAUUUACAAUUGGCAAAUAUUUUCCAGUUUGGAAGAAAUAGAUGAUGUUAAAGUUGUAAAAACAUAA